AAUAAAGCACAACUGUCAUUCUUUCUGUCUCUCUACUAGUUUGCCACUGAGUAUAUUCCAACACGUUAUCAGCACGAAUGCUAACGAAAUUAGAGAAGCAAAGAAAGAGGAAAUGGUGGCCCAAGAAUCUGUCGCUCGCUGUUUUGGGAUGGAGUUGCUGUUCGUGACAAAGAGUGAAGAUCUCGACAGAAAGGUACGAUGCCUAACAUCGUUGCAUCAGUGCUCCACCUUUCCCUUCGAUCUUCACAAUACGACUGCGCUCCUUCGGAGAUGCGCGUUAAAAGAACGCAUGCAACAUGCGCCCGCAUGCAUCAGCAUCUACGACCGGCCGGUGACAGUCCCCGGCUUGCGCGACUCGUCGCACGGGGCACAGACCCCGGCACCCUCGGCGAGGAGGCGACGCCGCUAGGCCAAGCGCAGGAGCGUGUGCUCCUCGGCCCCGACUUACGACGCGGGCCCGGCUGCCGGCGUUGGAUCCCCUGCGCUGGCCGCAGCAGCCUG